UACCUUUAAAGAUGGCUAAGGGAGUGACGUAUUGCGUAUAUGACGGUAGAAUCGGGUAGUGCAGCAGGUCUGAACCUCGCCUUCCUCUAUUGCAGACACACAGAGCACACAAAUACUGAGGGGAUAAAAACAGUGCUUGGAAUAAAGAAACUAAGCCUAAUCAUGACCGAAACCACGAAGACGCACGUUAUCCUUCUAUCCUGUGGCAGUUUUAACCCCAUCACCAAGGGGCACAUCCAUAUGUUCGAAAAGGCAAGAGAUCACCUUCACAAAACAGGGCGAUUUAUUGUGAUUGGGGGAAUCAUCUCGCCAGUUCAUGACUCCUACGGAAAACCGGGUCUGGUCUCCAGCAGACAUCGCCUGACCAUGUGUCAGCUGGCUGUCCAAUCAUCUGAUUGGGUUAGAGUGGACCCCUGGGAAUGCUAUCAGGACACAUGGCAGACGACCUGCAGUGUGCUGGAACACCACCGUGAUCUCAUGAAAAGAGUGACAGGCUGCAUUCUAUCAAAUGUGAAUUCCCCAUCUACGACUCCAGUGAUUGGACAGCCACAGAACGAGACGCGUCCCAUCUACCAGAACACCAACAUUACAGACAACAAGCCCACUGCAAUUAAGCUUCUGGGAAAAGUGAGCGACAGUCUGGGAAAGAUCUGCUGUGUACGCCCCCACAUUGAUCGCUUCACUUUUGUGGAUGAGAAUGCAAACUUGGGAACUGUAAUGAGAUACGAGGAGAUUGAGCUGCGCAUCCUACUGCUGUGUGGCAGUGACCUACUCGAGUCCUUCUGCAUUCCUGGCCUCUGGAAAGAGAGUGACAUGGAGGUGAUCGUAGGGGAUUUUGGGAUUGUGGUGGUACCUCGUGACAACGUGGACACAGAAAGAAUCAUGAACCAUUCCUCAGUCCUCCGCAAGUACAAGGAUAACAUCAUUGUUGUUAAAGAUGAAAUGAAUCAUCCCAUGUCUAUUGUCAGUUCUACCAAGAGCAGACUGGCCUUGCAACAUGGAGACGGGCAUGUGGUGGACUACCUGAGCCAGCCAGUCAUUGACUACAUCCUGCAGAGUCAGCUGUACAUCAACACCUCCGGAUAGAGCCCUCCAUUCUCUGCUCUCCUGCUUGGGGUGGCAGUUCCUCUCUCUCUCUCUCUCUCUCUCUCUCUCUCUCUGUCUGUCUCUGUAAAACAUACUUCUCCUGCUCUACCGCUUUCCAUGUACAGAAGCCUUCAGUGUCUCUGUCCCUCCUAACUGUAACAUAGCAACAAGGCCUCCCAGUGGUACUGCACUGAAUGAGACGGCACAGGAUACAUGGAUCCACCCUUGACUAGACUUCUGUGCACACAAGGGGCUGCAGGGAGGAGGGUGUGAAAGGAGGGUGCAAGGAAUAUUCUCUAACGAUAAGCUGUUGGCAUUUGCUGUACAUUUAAUACUGUUCUUCUAAUGCAUGUGUUUAUGUGUUUUAUUUAUUUGCAUGAUUGCUUUUAUUGCAAAGUAGAUUUGUAGUCUGUGGUAAAAGUACUGGCAAAUACAAUAAGUCCCAGUAAUCAAGGUUUAUACAGUACAGGAAGCUUGUGAAACGUGACACAAACAGGAUGUAAAAAAAUUUAUAAAAGAGCAAUGCUGAUAAAUUGAAAGAAACAGUGGUGGACCAUUUAAAAUGUCAGGUUUGAUGGUCUGAAACAAUUUCAUUUUUUUUAAUUAAUACAAAACUGAAAUUCUUUAUUUGGGAUUGCAUGGCAGAUAUACAGCAAUACUUUUCCCAGAGAGAUUUUACAACUUGAUGGAAGGUGACUAUGUGUUUGUCUGUAGAACCUGCAGAUUUUCAAAGCCACCCUUACCACUGUAAACAUUAAACCGUAUCUUUGUUGGCUUACUCUUUGUAUGUCAAGAGCUAAUCUGCAGUUACUUUCUGCCAAAUCCUGGUGCUUGUUCAGGAACAGUUCACAGCCUGCUCCAGACAUACAGUAGACACGCUCUCUGGAGAACUGUCCCAUUCAUGGAAGCAAGCUAACCAAUCAGAGUAUUCCUUGCCCCUUCGCACUCCACUGCCCUCCACAGUCUUGCUCGUGGACUCUUGCCAUGUUAACAUUUGCCACUGGGAGCGACUUGAAAUCAAUCUUUUAAAUUUCUAUCAGCAACAGAUUGAGUUCAAACCAUGGCAUUUGUAUUCCUUUACAGCCCCUGGUAUCUU